CUCACUCCUCACUCCUGUUCCGCGGCUCCGACCGGCCGCUCUCCUCUCUCCGCCGGCGACGAGCUUGAGCUCCAGCUCCAGCUGUCUCUUCCUACUGCCCUCGGAGGAGGCGGCGCCGGCGGGUAUGGAGCCCAUGAGCGUGGACAGCAGCGGCGGCGGCGGCCUGGACGCGCAGAUCGAGCAGCUCAUGCAGUGCCGCCCGCUCCCCGAGCAAGAGGUCAAAGCGCUAUGCGAGAAGGCUAAGGAGAUAUUGAUGGAGGAGAGCAAUGUUCAGCCAGUCAAAAGCCCAGUGACAAUUUGCGGUGACAUUCACGGACAAUUCCAUGACCUUGUUGAGCUUUUCCGGAUUGGCGGCAAGUGUCCAGAUACCAAUUAUUUGUUCAUGGGGGACUAUGUAGAUCGUGGCUACUACUCUGUUGAGACUGUUUCUCUCUUGGUAGCACUGAAGGUGCGCCACCCACACCGGAUUACAAUCCUUCGUGGAAACCAUGAGAGUCGACAGAUCACACAGGUGUAUGGAUUCUAUGAUGAAUGCUUACGAAAGUAUGGCAAUGCAAGUGUAUGGAAGAUAUUCACAGAUCUUUUUGAUUAUUUUCCAUUGACAGCGCUGGUGGAAUCUGAAAUUUUCUGCCUCCAUGGUGGUUUGUCUCCGUCCAUUGAGAAUCUUGAUAGUGUGCGUAGCUUAGAUCGUGUCCAAGAGGUUCCACACGAGGGGCCUAUGUGCGAUCUCCUAUGGUCUGAUCCAGACGAUCGAUGUGGUUGGGGCAUAUCUCCUCGUGGUGCUGGCUACACUUUUGGACAGGACAUAUCUGAACAAUUCAAUCACACCAACAAUCUCAAACUUGUAGCUCGGGCUCAUCAGUUAGUUAUGGAGGGAUAUAACUGGGCUCAUGAACAAAAGGUUGUUACCAUAUUCAGUGCUCCGAACUAUUGUUACAGAUGUGGCAACAUGGCAUCCAUUCUGGAAGUUGAUGACUGCAACAGCCACUCGUUUAUCCAGUUUGAGCCAGCCCCUAGGCGAGGUGAGCCAGAUGUGACCCGGAGAACGCCUGAUUACUUCCUUUGAGUUAAUUGGCGGCACCAUUUCUCAGCUUGUAUUGCGAUAAUGCGCACCGAUCAGUGAGAUUCUGCUGGAUCCAAAUCUGCACAUGAGCCAACAAACAAUAACAAGGCCCUAUGUAAAACUUGACCCCCAUUGGUCAAUCCAGAAGAGGCUGCUAUCUUGGAAGAAAACAAGCUUCAUGCAGCUACACCUGCCUGAGUUCCAGGUGAAAAAAGGGCCAUCAUACAUCCUCUCUUCUCACACGGGUAUUUCAUAGAGGCAUGUCAUUACAUUCGCAAAGACUGAACUCCUAUAUGUAGCUUAAGCUUGUAUUACUAGGCUUGUAAUCUGUAUUGUCAAUGACCAAGAUACAGUUGGUUAAAUCAUAUUGCAACCUUUAUGGAGAUUGAUCUCCAAGCUUU